AUGUCGAUGUAUAGAUUUGUGAAAGAGGGGAGCAGCAAGCGCCUCUUCGUACAGGGUACCCUCGAAAACGAUGAUUCGAAACCUUUGAAAUCUAGCCUCAAAAAAUCUACGCCGUCCCCAGUAGGAUCGCCCAUCACCACCAGUCUAAACCUCGCUUCUGUACCGAGAAGUUUGAGAGAUAGUUUGACGAGACAUGAGACGGUGUAUGAUGGAAAUUAUCCAGGAAUGGAAAGAUCGAGCUACCGCUCUGGAUCUUAUAGGGAAGACAGCUACAAUGGAAGAAUAGUGCACGACGGCAACCAGACGCAUUUUGAGUAUGACGGUGAGAGUGCUUUGGCCGUGCCACUAUCGGCCGGCGGGAGAGGAGUGUCGGAACUGCAGGCGAUUCAUACGAACAAACGCAUGUCGACCGAGGUCCUGGGCUCCUCGCUGGAGUCAACGAAGAUCUCGAAGAAAGACGAAAGCGGGCAGCGGAGGAUCACGACCAGGAUAGUGAGGAAAGUGACAACGUUGACCCGCGGUGAAGAGAAAUCGUCGAUGGAGGAAGUCAGAGGCCGCGAGGUCCACACAUCCGCUGAACACUACAGGCACGUGGAAAUGGAAUCGACACCCCCAAGAAAAGUGAAGAUAUCGGAUAUAGUAGUUGGACAAGAACCGAACGUCACCGCUCGCGAAGCGCUCCUCAGUUGGGCCCGGCGGUCUACAGCCAAGUACCCAGGGGUCAGAGUGUCCGACUUCACCUCGUCGUGGCGAGACGGGCUCGCCUUCAAUGCGCUCAUACACAGGAACCGUCCUGAUCUGAUAGACUGGCGUAAUAUCAGAUCAAGACAAGUCCGUGAGCGUUUGGAGACGGCGUUCCACGUGGUCGAGAAGGAGUAUGGAGUUACCAGGUUAUUGGACCCUGAAGAUGUGGACACACACGAGCCCGAUGAGAAAUCUCUCAUCACGUACAUUUCAUCUCUAUACGAAACAUUCCCGGAGCCACCCGCGGUGCAUCCGCUGUUCGACGCCGAGUCGCAGCGGCGCGCCGCCGCUUACACCGAACAAGCGGCGCAGCACCGCGCCUGGUUACAUGAGAAAUGCUCGCUUAUGCAGGAUCGUGCUUUCCCGUCAACUUUGAUCGAAAUGAAAAAGUUGCUAAGUGAGAGCACGCGCUUCCGCACAGAGGAGGUGCCUCUGCGACAGCGCGAGAAGCAGAAGUUGUUCCAUCUGUACCGGGAAUUAGAGAAAUACUUCGAAUCAGUAGGCGAAAUAGAAGUGGAGCCAACGCUACGCCCCGAAGCGCUGGACCAGGCGUGGGCGCGCCUGCUGAUGGCGGCGCAGGAGCGCGAGAGGGAUCUCUCCGACGAGAUACGUCGCUUGGAGCGGUUGCAGAGAUUGGCGGAGAAGUUACACAGGGACAUAAAACAAACCGAAACCGGCCUCGAUAACGUGGAACGUCACAUCGAGAGCGAGAUCCGUCGCGUAGAACGCGGCGUACACCCGGCCGAAGCGAAAAUGGCGGCAGAACAAAUAGAACAAGAGCUACGUAGUAUGGAGCAUACUAUACAAGAAAUGUUCCAGGAUUCACACGCCCUGAGAGAAGGACGGUAUCCCCAGGCCAAUGACUUAUAUAAAAGAGUCCAACAGCUCCACGACAGAUGGCUGAACGCGCGUUCGUCGUUCACGGGGCGGCUGCUGCCGCGGCUGUCGUCCGUGCGCCUGCCGGUGCAGCAGACGACGGUGCGCCGCGAGACGCGCACGGUGCUGGAGACGCGCGUGCACGACGCCGACCCCCGCUUCCAGCAGCUGGCCGAGGCCACCAGGUGGUGCAAGGAGAGGCUGAAAAAGCUCCACGAGGCCGAGUACGGUUCGGACCUGCCGUCGGUGCAGCACGAGCUGGACAAACACCAGCGAGAGCACAAACAGAUCGACCAGUUCCAUUCUAAGGUGGAACAAUGUGUUCUCAAUCGAUCUAACUUCACCGGUGAUGAGUUGAACCUCUACAACCAACACUUGAGUCAGCUGCAAAAGCUAUAUGCUGAGCUGUUAUCUUCCAGCACCAAACGAAUGACGGAAUUGGACGUAUUACAAGAAUUCCUACAGUCGGCCACCGAGGAGCUGAACUGGUUGAAUGAGAAGGAACAGAUAGAACUGUCCCGGGACUGGGCCGACCCCCACAUCAACCUGCCCGCCAUACAACAUUACUAUGAGCAACUGAUGUCGUCAUUAGAGAAGAGGGAAUUGCAAUUCAGCAACGUGAUCGACCGCGGGGAAGCGCUCAUAGCGCAACACCACCCGGCUAUGAAGACUAUCGAGUCUCAUUUGCAGGUGAUGCAAUCUCAAUGGGCCUGGGUACUCCAACUCACACUGUGUUUGGAAACUCAUUUAAAGCACACUACACAAUACCACAACUUCUUCGAACAAGUAAAGGAGGCAGAAAAAUGGAUUCAAAAACGCGAGGAGCAGCUGAACACAACGUUCUCGCAGUCGGAGUUCACGCUGGACCAGGGCGAGCGGCUACUGAAGGGCAUGCAGGAGCUGCGCGAGGAGCUGAACGCGCAGGGCGCGGGCGUGACGCGCCUGGCCGCCGACGCGCAGGCCGUGCGCCCGCUGCGCCUGCGCCGCGCGCCGCUCGCGCGCCCGCUGCGCGCCGAUACCGUUUGCGCGUACAAGCACGCCAAUGUGGCGAUAGAGAAGGGUACAUCAGUAACUAUCCUGGACAACUCGGGGCGGUCGCGGUGGCGCGUGCGCGUGGGCGCGUCCGAGGCGGCGCUGCCGGGCGCCGUGCUGGCGCUGCCGCCGCCCUGCGCGCGCGCCGUCGACGCCGCCGCCGUGCUGCGCGCCGCGUACGACAGGGUCAUACAACUAUGGCAGAGAAAGCAGCUCAGGAUGCGACAGAAUAUGAUCUUUGCCACCAUCAAGGUGGUGAAAGGAUGGGAUUUCCCACAAUUUGUAGCAAUGGGCUCGGAACAACGUCAAGCCAUCCGUCGCGCGCUCAACGAGGACGCGGAGAAGUUGCUGGCAGAAGGAGACCCGGCCGACCCUCAGCUGAGGCGGCUGAGGAGGGAGAUCGACGAUGUCAAUAGAUUGUUCGACGAGUUCGAGAGACGGGCCAGAGCUGAAGAGGAUUCCAAGAAUGCAGCCCGAAUCUUCACAGAACAGUCUUCCAACCUUCUGGAAAGGUUGGAGGUGUUCGAAAGGCAAUUACACGAACGUAUCGCUAGUCAUAUCCCCCGGGAUCUGGACACCCUGGAACACCUGGUCCUGCAGCAUAAGGAUUGGGAGACGACCUUACACUCGUUAUCGAACGAUGUGGAAGAAGUUCAAGCUACUUUUAGAGGCAUAGCUCUAAAGACACCAGCGAUGAAGAAAAACCUCGACAAAGUUAUGGGCAAAUGGAAUGACUUGCAGUCAAAGAGUCAACUAUUCGUUGAAAGACUAAAAUUCGUAGAAAUUGUAGUGAACAGUAUGGAGGAGAACAACCAAACGAUAUCUGAGUUUGAGAUAAAACUAGCUCAGUUCAGCGACUUGCCCAAUGAUGUCGAACUACUUAAAGAUAUACACGAGGAUCUCUUAAGGAUGCAAGUGGCGGUCAGCAAGCAGCAGAUACAAGUGGACCAGAUGAAUGAUGAUGCGGAGAACUGCCGCCGCCUGGUGGAGACCUCCCGGGGCUCUCUCCAGCACACCUCCCUCAGGGGCAAGCAUGUGGACUUGGAGAGGCUGGACAAGGAAGUCGGACAGCUCAACAAUAGGUGGAAUAACGUGUGCGGGCAGUUGGCUGAAAGGUUACGUAGCUGUGAAGCGGCGUACCAACUCCUGCGCAACUACAACGCCGGCUUCGAGAAGGAAGUCGAAUGGAUCGACGAGACGUACAGCAAGGUGGUCGCACAACCGCCUAUUGAAGCGCGGCCUAAAGAACAGCUAGAGCCUACCAGGAAUCUUCUGACCAGUGUAGUGGAAAGGACGCCAAAGAUUGAGAAGGUGAAUGUAGACGGUGGAAGAUUCAUACGAGAGGCGAAGAUUCACUCGUCGAGAUGUCAAAAAUACGUCGAAUGGCUCUGCGAGGAGAUACACCCGUCCCUCGACACCAGGCAGCUGAAGAGGCAGGCUGAAGUGGAUCUGGCAGAGAGAUUGAGGAACAGGGGCCGAUCUGAUGUCCUCACGUCAGGAGCUGAAGCAGUAGCAGGAGAAUUGGAUGAAUUGAAUGUGAAACAUCAAGGACUCUUGGACCUAUUGUAUGAGAGAUUGAGACGAAUAGCGGCUGCCAAUCCCGGAGAUAUAGUUACAUUGCGCCUCGUCGAAGCGAUGGCGCCGCGCUCUGCGCGAUCGUUCCGCCAAGAGUUCAAUAUGCAGGACCUGGCGACCACAGAGCAUACGUAUACACAUUAUACCACUGAGAAAUACGUCAGGACGUCACAUUCAACAGAGCUUGAUGCACCCAUAAAGUCUAUGACUAAUGGCAAACUGAAAUCACCCAACUACUCUACAAAAACAAUUAUCGGCAAUGACGAAAGACCCGAUGUGAGAAACUUAAAACGCGUCCAUAAAAUGUAUGAAGGUCCUAACAUUAUAGAGUCCAGAGGUAUUAUUCACCCCGAAACUAGGGAAAUUCUCACAGUCGGUCAAGCAAUUAGUAUGAGAAUACUCGACGUACGGACGGGAAGAUUGUUAUCAUCUCCCAAUACACGGCAAACUAUAACUAUUGAUCAAGCCGCUAAAGAAGGCUUGAUCGAUCCCAAACUAGCUGCAAGACUAACAGGGCCCUGCGGCAUGACAGAAGAUGGCAACGAGGUCACAUUACUAGAAGCAAUCCAGAGAGAACUAUACGACGCUGAACAAGGACUCACAGAUCCCGCUGAAAAGAGAAUCAAGGUGACUGUUGAAAGCGAAAACCCUAAUCAAGGAAUGAGUAUUUCGGACGCACUUAAUCGUGGCCAAGUCGAUUUGCAAAGAGGUCUCUAUAGAUUACCUAACGGAACUUAUAUAAGUAUAGCGGAAGCGUACCAACGUGGUUACCUUAUUUACAGUGAGAUUAUCAAAAUAAAAUCGAGUGCUUUGUCUCUGUCAGACGCGAUCAGUCAAGAACUCGUAGAUAAUAGUGGUUGGAUUUUGGAUAGAAACUCGGGCGAUAGGUUCCAACUAGAAGUUGCUAUUAAAAAUGAGCUAAUAAACCCUAAUGUAAGGGAAGUCGUAGACCCCAAAAACGAUACCAAAAUAACACUUGCUGAAGCGAUAGAGAAAAACAUAAUUAAUACUAAACAUUCUAAAUACAUACACAAUAAAACAAAAGAAAAAAUGACUUACAAAGAAGCCGCUAAUAAACGUUUUAUUUGUAAACCAAUGACUCUUAAAGACAUAUGUGACAAUAGUUUAAUGACAAAUGAUGGUAAAAUUUUAUCACCAACUAAUAGAACGCCUCUCAAUAUUCUUGAAGCUAUCUCCGCCGGUGUACUGGAUAGCGAUAAUAUAAAAUGCGUUUCUGACACGACCACCGGUCAAUUGCUAACGUUAUCUGAAGCUCUGGGUGCUAGAAUUAUCCUACCAGAUAAUAAAUUCCGCGAUAACUUAACAGGCGAAAUUUGUACUAUUCCUGAAGCGGUAGAUAGAGGUCUGAUUACUUCAGUGUCACAAAGGUCAAUUUUCGAUAUAGACGGUUUUAGGGAUCCCAAAACGGGUGAAUUCGUUUCUUUCAAUACAGCCCUUAGUAAAGGUAACUUGAAAUACGUUAACGGUGAAACUUUCUUAAAAUCUGAGAGUGGUGAUUUCGUAUUUUUGGAAGAUUGUCCGAAAGUUUCUAUUGUUCGACCCGAAGUACUAGAAAUGUUUAAUCGUAAAAUAGGUGUAGUUGAAAACGGGAAAGAGCUAUCCGUCUUAGAUGCUGUAUUUAAAAAUAUUCUUGAUCCAAAAACGGGAUAUUUGCUAGAUUCUACUUCCAAAAAACCAAUUCCAUUUAAUAAAGCCGUCGAAAUUAAUAUGAUAACACCUGAAGGCGCUGCCUUGUUAAAUUCUCUUUUGAAUAUUACAUUAACAUUGCAGACAGUAACGAAAACUGUAAAACGAUACGUAACUGUUACAAAUACAUCGCGAAGAUCUGAGACUAUUAUAACAUUUGCAGAAGCAAUACGACGUGGUCUUAUUGAUGAAUCGACUCAAACAUUCACUGAUCCAACGACAGGUACGGUAUUCCCUAUUCAACAAGCUUUAGAUGAGGGUCUGCUAGGUGUAGAUCAGGAUGAACCUCGUGUUACUCGUAUUUCUGAUCGCAUCACUAAAAAAGAAUUAGUACCGGGUCAAGUAGUAGAAUUGAAAAUUACCAAAAAGUCCUUUAUUAAAGACUUACCUCCCAGUCCAGAAAGUAAAUUGCAACAUGAUAAUAAACCUGAAACAGUUAAAAGUCCAGAUUAUUCUAUCGUUGAUACCUUACAACCGCGUGAAGAAAUAACUCGCGAAAUCAGAACUGUUACAUCGAAAUCGGUUGUGUCUGACUCUUCUGUAACUUCACUCACGAUUAAAAAAAAUACUAUUGAGCUGCCCCGUGGUGGCUGGAUGCUUAAUGAAGCUAUUCAGCAAAAACUUUUCGAUCCGGAAACGGGUAUGUUUAUAAUUCCGGGUUCAGAUCGUGUACUAGAUCUUCAAGAAGCUGUAAAACUUAAUAUAAUUAACUCUGAAUCUGCUAAUGUACUCGAUACUAAAACAGGGAAAGAAAUACCUUUAGAUAAAGCUCUAGAAUAUCAUAUAAUUGAUUCCACAGGUCACUAUAAGCAUUCUAAUAUUGUUUUAAAUAUGCAACAAGCUAUUCAACGUCAAUUUAUCAUAUUUGUUACUCUUACGCAAACAACAUCUACUCAAAAAGUAAUAACGAUCACGUCUAUCGCGGGUAUGCCUGAUAAAAUGGAAAUUUCUGAAUUACAACAAGCCUCACUUGUUAAAGAUUCUGAAGAUCAAUCCAUAUUGGAGCCAGUGCAAUUAGCCCCGGGUAUUAUUUAUGAUCCUGCUACAGCUCUAGUUAUAUCUACCACUUCUGGUGUAUCUGAAAAUAUAAUUGAAGCUGUAGAUCGUGGUGUAGUUUCAGGUAAUCUCGUGCAUGUCAUUGAACCGGAAACAGGAAAGCAAAUUACUUUAAAACAAGCCUUGCAAAAAGGAAUCGUUGAUAAAAGAACAGGUGAAUAUAGAAAUCAAUCAGGCAAAAGCAUAAAUCUUGCUGAUGCGGCAAAGGUUGGUCUUAUAGCAGUUAUAGGUUCACCUUUAGUUGCUGCUUCCAAAGUGAUCCAAGUGGUGAGGAGUACGAUGGUAGUAGAUCCUAAUACUGGCGAAGAAUUACCUAUGGAAGUUGCCUAUGAAAGAGGACUUGUAGACCCUGCUACUUAUCAGAAUUAUGAAGACUCCAUUAGAGGUAAGACACCAGAGAUUAUAGAUAGUAUUGAAGAAAAGAAAAAAAUAAAAACAACUGACUCAAGCAGCAUAACUGUUUCAAAAAUUAUCACAACUACAGUAAUUGAUCCUUUAACUGGAGAGAAAUUAACAGUAGAAGAAGCGAAUAAAAGAGGUAUUGUAGACCCCAUUGCGUAUAAAAAGUAUUUAGAUUCUACAAUGGACGUUACAGAAACUGAUUUAAUUCAACACGAAGUGAGUGGUAAACCUGGUUCAAGUAAAACAACAAUUUCACAAGUUUCUAGUAAACCCUUAUCUGUAGAAGCUGCAGUAUCCAAGGGUUUUAUAACAGUUGAAUCGAUACAAAAUAGUCUUUCUGCCGAUGACAGAAAAAUACCAACUACUGUUAUGGCCGACAAAACCACUCGUUCAGUAGAUAUUGUUGAAUUACCAAAAAUUACAAUUUCUAUUCAACCGAAAUAUAAUACUGAAAUUUCUCAGCUAGUUACUCCGUACAUUGAUGUCAAGCCUAUAGUUUUACAAAAAUUGCGAAAACAAGUGGUUGUGCCUUCGGAUGCUAUAGAAAUGGGCUUAAUCGACAAAGAUACAGCAAAUAUCUUAGAAACAGUAAAAACUUAUAAGGAUGACCAAGGAUCACCAAUUUCUAUUCAAAAAGCUAUAGAAAUCGGGCUUAUAAAUGAAAAUGAUGGUCAUAUUGUUGAUCCUGUGCAUGGCGAUGUUUUAUCUAUUAAAGAAGCGCUUCGUCGUGGUAUACUAGAUAGUGAAGGGCAAAAUGAAAUUUUAAUACCAAUAGUGAGAGGCUUAUCAAUCCCAGAGGUUUUAGAACAAGGCUUAUUACACCCUUCUUCCGGAAAAAUAAUUCAUCCAGAGACAGGAAGUCAUUUAUCUUUAAGAGAAGCUAUAAUUUGCGAUAUAGUAGAUCCGUUAUCAGUUGUUACAAUAGCUCCAGGUCAAAAUAUUACUCUUUCGGAAGCAAUUGCAAGAAAUAUUAUAGAUGUAGAAAAGAAUUCCGUGAAAACAAACAAUGGUGCACUUGAUUUAAUCUCUGCUGUAAAUUCUCAAGUAUUUCCUGAUGUGAAGCCAAGUUAUGCAGAAAAUAUUCCUCCAGCUGGAAUGACUCUAUCGGUUGCUUUAAAACAAAACAUUGUCGAUCCCAAAACAGGUGCCAUUAAACAUCCUCUUACUGGAGAUAUAUUACCAGUUAAUAAAGCUAUAGAAAAAGGCAUAAUUAUGAACAUUCCCUACCCUCAGUCCCCGUCUACUUUAACUAUUGAAGAGGCUAUUAAAAAUAAUGUAGUCGAUCUUAAAAAUGGCGUCUUCACUGAUCCAAAAACUAAUGAUAAAAUUCCUCUCGAUAAAGCUAUAGAACAAGGUCUAGUGGCAGUGAAACUUGAGACGACUGAAUCAGGUGGUAUAGUUACUACAAUAACUGAAACAUUUACAUCGCAACAUACCAUAACAACAAAGAUGGUAGAAUUAUUGGCUGAUUACGUCCUAAUCAGUGCAAAUGAAGUUCAAAAUACUAAAACUGGAGAAAUUGUUUCUAUUGAUGAAGCUCGGGAAAAAGGAAUAAUCAAAGAUGAACAAACGAGUAAAGAACAAUUCUUAACAAGUGAUAUGAAUUUAAAUUUUGAAGAAGCAUUACAUUUAGGAUAUAUUGACAUUGAAAAAGGUACGUUUACAGACCCAAAUACAGGAGAAAUUGUGACAAUUGCCGAAGCAGUUGCUAGUGGAAUCUUGACUACUGAAGUCUUGAAAGAAAUUAAUCUGAAGUCCCAGGAUAAAGAAUCAAUAAAAGAAAUGCUGGACCUAAAUGAAGCAUUUGAGUUACUUUUUGAUGAUAAAACUCAAAAAUUCAGGGAUCCAAAAUCGCCUAAUAAAGUACUUACUUUUAAAGAAGCCCUUGAUAAAAAUAUCAUCAAUCCCGAAUCGAUACUUUACAACGUUAAUGCUGGAAAACCAAUAACAUUACAAGAAGCUGUAGAUACUGGUUUAAUAGAUAAAAAAACGGGCAAGAUAAAAGAACCAAAAACAGGUAAGGCCGUGGAUAUUAAGAAAGCAGCUAAAAUGGGCUUAGUUGCAGUGGUAGCGGCUCCAGUUUUAGCAGGAAUGGCAGUAGUUGAAGGUGCGAAGAUAGUUGGCAAUAAGUUUUUAAAACCUAAACAGGACGAGGAUGUUGUUAAAACUACAACUGAACAUAAAUUAAAAUCCGAAAUGUUAAUAACUGGUAGUAAGAAAAACAUUAAAGAACAAGUUUCAAAAGAUUCUUCCAUCAAACAUGAAAAUAAAACAGAAGCACCUUCUCUACCAAUACGAUCCAAAGAUACAGAAAAUGAUGUAAAAGUGGAGGUAAAUAAAACAGAUAUAAGUGUUACGAGAAGUACUGUCAAAAAUAAUGAUAUCGAAAUUCAAAAAUCUAUUGAUAAAACUAUUGACACUGACACGAAAAAUAAAGUCAAUGAGCCACUAAAGGAACCACAAUCUAUAAUAGUUGACAAACAAAAAUCACCUGACUCGUCCUUGCCUACAUCACCGCAUAAACCAACUACUACAGAAAAUAAAGAAAUUCUGCAAGAACAUAAAAGUCAGAAAGAAACUCAAGAAGUAGCUAAAUCUGAAGUAGCAGAGUUAAUUUCCUCUCCCUCUGUACAAAAAACGGAGACUUAUUAUGAAAAGCCAAGUAUUAAAGAAUUCACACAGAUUACGCCAGAUGGUAAAGAAAUUACUACAGUAGUAAAGACAACAAUUACAUCCACAGAUCCUACUGAAUACAUAACUGAACGAACCAGUACGAUGAUAAGCACUACAGCUUCUAAAACAACAACAACAAUAGAAGUAACUCAGAAUACUUCUUCAUCUUACAAUAUUACUGAACAAUAUAGCAAGACUGAUGAAGAAAAUGUACAAAAUGAAACAAUCGAGUAUCCAGAUCAGGUAGACAAAGCUUUAAUAAAUAUUGAUCGUAAUACUAUUCCUACUCCAGAAAGUUAUACUAAAAAACUUGAACAACCGCUUAAAGAAAAACUUACAUUACAAGAAAUAAAACAACCUGAUUAUGAGCUUCAAAAAUCAAAUAUUAAAGAAACUACUCUAAAGCAACCUAUAGUUUCAAACGACAAAAUACAAUCAAGUGAAAUUAAAAUUUCUGAAGAUAUAAUUUAUGAUCCAGACAGCAAUAAGAUAACUUUAACAGAUAGCGGUGAAAGUACUAAUAUUAUUACAGCUAUUGAUAAAGGCAUAAUAUCUGAUGACUCCGUAUUAGUUCAAGAUCCUAAAUCGGGACAACAAAUUCCCAUAAAAGAAGCUUUACAUAAAGGCAUUGUCAAUAAAAAAACCUAUGAAGUCGUAAACGACUCAGGUAAAAAGAUAAGCUUUGCUGACGCUGCUAAAAUAGGAUUGGUAGCUAUAGUAGGUGCUCCAAUUUUAGCGGUAUCGAAAGUAGUCGAAGUUGUGAAAAGUGGUAUUGAUUCUAAUACUACAGAAGAAAAAACGUCUAUCACUAAAGUUUCUCAAGUUACUUUGCAAUCAUCAGAUGACAAAGCGGCAAAAUCUGUCACGUCUCAAGUUAUCGUACAAACAUCUAAUAAAGUUAAGGAUGUGGAUCUCCCCAAAGAUGCUAAAAUAGUAACAGAUUUAAUAGCACAUGAAAUUAGCUCAACCGUAACGUACCCGGGGGGAGUCACAAUUAGUGAAAUAAAUGAAAAACCCAGUGACGACUCUUCUACUGCAAUCACCGUAGAAUCACAAAUUAAAAAACCAAUCAUAACCGAUGAUGGAAAGUCUAUGUCAACCUUACUAAUAGAUGCUGAAAAACAACCUUUACGAGCUAUUGAUGAAAUUACUGAGCAAAAUGUAACUAAAGUUAAAUCAAAACCGCUAGAACUCCUUUGUGAAAAUAUUGCUCUAAUUGAUGCGAUUUCACAAGGUAAAAUUGAACCAAAAGUAUGUAGAAUUAUAAUUAAUGGCAUAGAGACUCCAUUGACUGUGCAAGAUUCAUUAGAACAAGAACAAAUUAGUAGAUUCACUCCUGUUGAUGUAGUUUCCAAAAAUUGUGUUAUUGUCAGAGAAAAUAAGCCAAAAUAUUGCUUAUCAAUAUCACAAAAGCUUACACCUGAGGAACUUUCGGAAAUGGGUGUCUACGAUAUCGAAAAACAAAUUUUCUUAAACCCAAAAACUGGUGCUAAAAUUUCAUUCGAAGAACUUGUAUAUGGACUUCAAGUGUUUGAUCCUACGACAAUUUUAGUGAAAGAUCUAAAUAGUAAAUCUGAUAAUUAUAUUCCUUUUGAUGAAGCAAUUACAAAACCUAUUAUUGAUAAGAUAACUGGCUAUAUGGUUAAUCCUAAAACAGGUAAACGUGUAUCAUUCUUAGAGUGCGUCCAAAUAGGUUGGAUUGUCGAAACACCUGAAGAUGUUUCUGUGGUCGAACAAGUAACAGUUGAAACUGCACUAGAAAAAGGUUUAUAUGAUCCGAAAACUGGGGAAAUUAAGGACAUUAAUACAGGUGAACUUGUCCCAAUUGGUGAAGCGGUUCAAAAGGGCUUAAUUGAUCAUGAAUCGUUACUUAUUAAGGUUCCUCAGUCAAAGGAAAUUAUUUCCUUAUCAGAUGCUAUAGAUCGGGGAAUUGUAGAGUUACGUGAUGGUAUAAUUAUAAUAAUUGAAACUCAAGAAACUAUUGAAAUAUCAAUUGCCAUACAACGCGGUUUAAUUACUAUUUCUCGAAGACCGAUCUCUAUUGAAGCAGUAAUUUGUAAAAAUAUGUAUGAGCCAAAAUCUGGUAAAAUAAGAGACAAUGUAACUGAGCAAUUAGUACCUAUUGAUGAAGCUGUAGAACGAAAUAUUGUACAUCCUACUAUUUCAGAAAUAAAAGACCCGGUAUUAGAGAAAUUUGUUCCUCUCUCUGAAGCUCUUGAUACUAAACUAAUAAAUCCUGAAACUGGUAAAAUAAUAAAUAAAAAGACUGGCGAACACAUUGCAUUAGAUAAUGCAUUGAAAAAAGGUCUUAUUGCUACUAAAACAGUUAUAUUUACCUUGUUCGAUGUCAUUGAACAAGGCUAUUACUCUUCAGAUACUUGCCAGGUUUUAGAUCCCAGAACUGGAGAAACAAUUUCAUUAAACAAAGCCAUCCAAGAUAAACUCGUCGAUCCAUCCAAUGUAAAAAUUAAGGAUGAUAAAUCCGAGACAGUCAUUUCUUUUGAACAAGCAGUUAAAUCUGGUCUAAUUGACUUAGAACGCGGAAUCUUUACAUCACCAUCACUUAACCUUAAAGAUGCAUGUGAAAAGGGCUAUAUACUAAGCGAUCAAAAACCAUGGUCAUUACAAGAAAGCCUAGUUCAAGGUUUCUAUGAUCCUGAAACUGGCCUAUUAACUAUUAACGGUGUUACUAUGACACUAGACGAUGCUAUUAAAGUCGGUAAUAUUAACCCAGAAGCAUUAACAGUUAGGAAUUCUGUAAGUGGAGAGAUAAUUUCGCUGGCAGAUGCAAUCAAAGCCGGUAUCAUUGAUUCCAAGGAAGGAAAAGUUAGGGACCCUAUUCAUGGAGAUAAAAUCUCUUUAACGGAUGCAUCGGAUCGUGGUUUAAUAGUUCCUGCUAAGCGUAAGCUAAGCUUACCUGAAGCUGUAUUCAAAGGUUUUUAUGAUCCCAAAACUGGUAAAUUCUCAAACCCGUUAAGUAAAGACAAAAUAUCGACUGAUCGCGCAAUAAGAAAGCGUAUGUUAGAUCCACAGUCUACUUUAGUACACGUCGGCGGCAAAGUUAUUCCAUUUGAAUUUGCAGUUGACAAAGGUAUCGUUGAUGGUAGAACCGGUACAAUUUUAUUAGGGGACGAAAGAGUAGAUUUCCGCGAAGCGUUCGAAAGAGGUAUAUUAGUAGAAGUUCGUAAACCACUAUCCCUUAUGGAAGCGAUAGAAAAGGGGGUAUAUAAUGAAAUCACAGGACUCUUCAUGGACCCACAAAGUGGUAAAAAGUAUACUCUUGCUGAGGCGAUCAAAAUGAAUUUGCUAGAUCCACAUUCCGUACAUAUUCAAGAUAAUAGAUUAGGUAAAUGGGAUAAGAUUACUCUCUCAGAAUCUAUCGAGACUGGUGUAAUCGACGAAAAGUCAAGUAAAAUAAAAAAUAUAAAUAGCGACAAUGAGGAAAUCAGUCUUGCUAAAGCUUUUGAAAUAGGCUUACUCGUUGAUAGCAAAGCUCCUAUAAGCUUACAAAGAGCGCUGCAUCAAGGUCUUUAUGACGAUGCUACUGGUAAAAUAAUUGAUCCUUUAACGACACGUAAAAUAACGUUACAUGAAGCUAUUAGGAGAUCUAUUAUUAGUCCAAAAUAUCUUUGCUAUUUUGAUAAAAAAUCUGAAAAACCUCUUACGUUGUCUGAAUGUUGUCGUAGUGAAAUAAUAGAUAAAAGAAAUGGCAGGUUUAAUGAGCCCGGCUCUGAUGUACAAAUACCUCUUUCCGAAGCUAUGAAUUUAGGACUUAUCGUAGAUAUUGAAAGUGCCGGUUUCUCAGUUUAUGAUGCAUUGGCUAUGAAUAUGUAUGAUAUAACGGAGCUAAUGUUUAUUCACCCUGUUACUGAAAGAAAAAUUUCGUUGAAAUCUGCUAUGUCUGAGGAACUUGUUAAUCCAGAGAUUUCUCUUGUUAAACAUAUUCCUUCUAGUAAAUAUAUUAAACUAAUUGAAGCUAUAGAAUCUGGUAUUAUUGAUGAAAAUAAUAGUGUAUAUAUUUUACCUAACGGAAAUCAAAUUAAUUUAUUAGAUGCUAAACAUCGCGGUCUUAUAGUAACAUCCAAGAAAAAUCUUAGCCUGGAAGAAGUAAUAAAGAAUGGUCUUUUUAGAGCGGACAAUGGCAAAAUAGUAGAUCCUAGUACUAACGAAUUUUUAGAUAUCAACAAAGCUAUCGAAGCAAAUCUUAUUAAUCCAGACCUUACAGUUGUUAAAGAUAGCUCUACAAAUAAAUUUAAGCCACUCUUAAAUGCUAUACAUGAAGGUGAUGUCGAUGUCACUAAAGGUAGGGUGUUAGACACAAAAGCAAAGAAAACGUAUAGCUUAGAUAUUGCGUUCGAUAAAGGCCUGUUGGUUACCAUUGUGCAACCUAUAACUUCACAAAAAGUAUCCAGACGGUAUGUAAAGGAUAGUUCUGUGGCUAAAGAACCAAUACUUCGAGAGUUCACGUUAGACGAAGCAAUCAAAUAUGAAUUCAUUAACCCGGACACAGCGUUAAUAAAAGAUCCCCAUAAAAAUAAAUACAUUCCCUUGAAAGUAGCUAUUAAUGAAGGUAUUAUUGAUAAUAAUGCUAAAGGUUUAUUUGAUCCUCAGAAUAGAUCGCGCGUUCUUUGCUUUACUUUUGAAAACGGUCUUAUUGUUUAUGUUAAAGAACCUUUAUCGUUUGAGCAAGCAAUAGAAGAAGGUCAUCUCAAUAUUAGCACAGCUCGUUUUACCGAUCCACAAUCCAAUGAUGUAUUAACAAUUAAAGACGCGGCCAUUAUGGGCUAUAUCGAUCCUGACACAGCGCUCAUUAAAGAUAAUCUUAAAAAACGAUUAGUUAAGCUUCCCGAAGCUUUCCGCAAAGGUUUAAUGGAUGCUGAAAAGGGUAAUAUCUUAGAUACAGAGACCUCUAAACUCAAUACACUAAGUUCCGCAAUCGAAAGUGGCCUUCUUAUCACGCCCAAGAAAAGCUUUACUUUAAUAGAAACUUUGAACUUUGGAAUUUACAAUCCAACUACUGGUGCGUUGAGUGACCCAUUCAUCACGACGAGCGUGAUUGAUAGAAAGAGACUAACAUUAGGUGAAGCAAUUAAUCAAGGUAUCGUUGAUCCGUCAAGUACAGUUGUUAAAGAACCGGAAUCAGGAAAGAUAUGGCCAUUAGUACAAGCAAUAGAACAACAGCUUGUGAACCCAGUUGAAGGAAGACUGGUAAUAGACCCGAAGAAAGGAAUCAGUCUCGAUUUAGUCAAAGCUCUUAAAAAGGGAUACUUGCUGCCAGCAGAAACGAGGCAAGCAGUAGAAGAAAAGUACAGGCUUUGCGAUGAGACUCUGUCAAAGUUAAUGGAAUGGAUCGCAGUCGUCGAAGAACGUUUGGCCAAUCAGGAAGCGGUUAAAGAAGAUAUGGAUGAACUUCGCAAUCAGAUCAACAUACUUAAGCUAAUAAAGGACGACCUUGAGAGUCACCAACGCCAAGUGUCGGCUUGCGCAGACCAAGCCAAGCAGCUCCUUGUUUCAGGCAGUGAUGUUCUUGCACCGCAUGAGGUUGCCGCUUUGGAACGUGGAGUAAGACAGCUGAAGCAACGCUGCGACAAGUGCACAGAUAAGUGCGACAAGAUGCUAAGACGUCUGGCCGCGGCUAGAGAUGAACUUGGCAAAUUCACCAAUGAAUUAAACACAUUCAACUCUUGGAUGGAAAGUGCAUACCGCACUCUCGAAGAUAAGGAAGAGGCGUUGUCUAAAGUAGAUAACUUGAGCGGUCAGAGCGACGAUGUUCGCGAGUUCGUGUCUGACGUGAUCGCGCAUCAAGCUGACUUAAGAUUCAUCACAAUGGCCGCCCAGAAAUUUGUGGACGAGAGCAAGGAAUUCCUCUCAAUCCUUAACGAGUAUCGAACCACGUUACCAGCUCGUUUAUCCCACAUCGCACCACCAUCUGAUAGUCUAGUUCGUGAACACGCAGCCUUAGCCAGAAGGAGACACUCCGACUUGGCUAAUAGAGCUCAGAGACUUUUAGACAGAUUGAGAGCAGCAAGUGAUGGAUCUGCGAGGUACAAGGAAGCUGUGCAGAGGGCCCAGAGAUGGAUGCAGACGGUGGAACCUCAAAUACGUUCAGUGAUAUCGGAAGCAGUGGGAGGAGAGCCCAGAGCAGUGGAAUCUCAACUAACACGAGCAAAGACUCUGCAUAACGAUGUACUGGCACAAGGCCGGUUGAUUGAUAAUGCUAAAGAUGCGUGCGAGCAGCUAGUCCGGUCGCUGGAAGGCAACUUAUCGCCAGCAGAGAUGAAACAAUUGGAAGUGCCAGUGAUAGAGUUGAUGGAGCGCUACAACGAGCUGAGCGCGGCGGCGGCGGCGCGCUGCGCGGAGCUGGAGGCGGCGCUGCUGCAGUGCCAGGGCCUGCAGGACGCGGCCGAGGCGCAGGCGCAGUGGCUCACCGCCGUGGAGGCUGGCUUCAAGGGUCAACUAAAACCCGCCUCACUGAUACGCGACCGUCUCGAAGAGCAAGUGCGAGAGCAAAGGCUCAGUCACUCGGAGUUAGAAGCGAGGAGGCCGACCCUCAACAAGCUGCUGUCGUCGGCGAGGGACGCGGCCCUCACGCCCAGUAACGCCAGGAUUGCGAAGAAACUGGAGCAAAGAGCUGAGGAUAUAUAUGCUAGAUACGAGAAGCUGGUGGAGCGUUCUAUCAAACGCAACGAGUUCCUGGAGGAGGUGUCGGCGGAGCUGGCGCAGUUCGCGGCGCGCGCGGCCGCGCUGGAGGCGGCGCGCGCGCAGCUCGCCGACCUCGCCGGCGACGAGCGCCAGCGCCUCGCCGACCUCGCCGCUGCUAGGGACAAACAAAUGCCACUUCUUGAAGAGUGCCUCCGAAAUGGCAAAGAACUGAUCUCGAAGAAAGAUGUCACCGACACGCACGUCGUACGUGACAGGAUGAAGGCUCUGGAGAACCAAUGGCGCGACUUCAACGUGUCUCUGGAAGAGAAACAGAAGCUGUCCAAGCAGAGAGCUGAUCAGCUCAACCAAUACGAGUCAUUGAGAGUACAGGUCCUAGAAUGGCUGCAGCAUAUGGAGACCCGCGUGACGCACUUGCGCCCCGUCGCAGUGGACCUGGACGUCAUCAAGCACCAGCAGGACGAGCUCCGGCCGCUGGUUAAGGACUAUAGGGACUACUCUGUUAAUAUUGAUAAGGUGAACGACGCGGGCGCGGUGUACGAGGCGCUGACCCGCGGCGAGCGCGCCGACUCGCCGCACCGCCGCCGCCAGGUGUACAGCCCCGCCAAGAGACACACGCCUAGUCGCGGCGAGAUGCGGUCUCCGUCGCCGGGCAAGGCGCGUGCGCUCGUCAGCCCACACUCGGCUUCCUCGGGCUUUUCCUCCAGACGGUCUAGUCAAGAUGGCUUCCAUUUGGAUGAACUUUCACCAGUCCAACAACAAAUAUCCGAGAUCAACAACAGAUACGAGUUACUAGGAACAAAACUCGCGGACAGACAGACUGAGAUCGACUCUAUCAGGGAGGAAGUUAAGAAACAUCUGGACAGCUUCCGAUCUCUUAAUGCGUUCUUAGAUAAGAUUCAAAGACAACUGCCCAAGGAGUCUGUGCCCAAUACAAAGGAGGAAGCCGAUAAGACGAUCAAACAAGCGAGAGCGGCUCUCGAAGAGAUGUAUGAGAAGCAGAGCAUGCUUGACUCUACUAAGACCCAGGUGCGCGAACUGCUCCGGCGCAAGCCGUCGGUGGAGGGCGCGGACCGCCUGCACGACGAGGCGGACGAGCUGGCCGCGCGCUGGCGGGCGCUGCACGAUGCCUUCAAGGACAAGAUCCUGGUGAUGGAGGAGAUGAAGGACUUCCACGACUCGCACAGCAGCCUCACCGUGUGGCUCACCGCCAAGGAGCGCAUGCUGUCCGCGCUCGGGCCCAUCUCCUCGGACUCCAGGGUUGUCCACACCCAAGUCCAACAGGUGCAAGUUCUUCGCGAGGAGUUCAGAAGUCAACAGCCCCAACUGACUCAUUUAGAAGAAGUAGCGCAUACUGUGCUCCAGCGUUUGCCACAAAACGACCCAGAUGCGAAUAAACUUAGCAAUAAACUAAAGGUGUUGCAGGACAAGUGGAAUGAUUUGCUUAACCAGCUAGAACAGCGCGCAGAAAGCCUAGGCGCCGCGGCCGACACGUCCCGCGAGCUGGACGCCGGCCUCGCGCGCCUCAAGAAUGCCCUGCACGCCAUAUCCGAUAAGCUGGACGAGGUGUCCUCUCAGAGGGAGCCGGCCGACCAGCUCCGAGAGGUCGAGAACCUGGAGCGUCAGCUGGAGGGGCAGCGGCCGCUGCUGGCGGACCUGGAGGGUGCGGGCGCGGCGCUGGCGGGCGUGCUGGCGGGCGCCGGCGCGCGCCACGACGCCGCGCACGUGCACGCGCAGCUGGCGGCCGCCGCGCGCCUCUACGACGGCGUGCAGCGCAAGCUCGACCACGCCAAGGCGGAGCUCGAGGCGGCAUUGAAGGACGGUCGUAACCUGGAAGAGUCAGUGUCGCGCACGCUGGGCUGGCUGCAGGCGGAGCUGGCGGCGCUGCCGGGGCGCCUGCAGGUGUCGGCGGAGCGCGGCCGCCUGCAGCAGCAGCUGGCGCAGCACGAGCCGCUCUACCGGGACCUCACCCAGCGCGAGCACGAGAUUAUCAUGUUGUUGGAUAAAGGCCGUGAGAUGGAAAAGAAGCCAGCACACCAAAACCUUCGCAAGGACUUGGACAGGAUCCAAACGCAAUGGGACAAACUCAAGCGGGAAACUGUCGACAGAUACACACGCUUGCAAACGGCUAUGGAACACUGUCGCAAAUACAGCAAAGCACAGGAGUCGUUCGUGCCGUGGCUGUCGGACGCCGAGGACAGACUCAACAAGCUGCCGCCCGUCGCCUUCACCAAGAAGGAUGUGGAGAAACAACUUAGAGAACUGCAACAGAUCAGGAAUGAUGUUUGGAAGAGGUCCGGUGAAUAUGAGAACAACCGCACUCUAGGCGAGACGUUCAUCUCGUCGUGCGACGUGGAUCAAGAGAUCGUAAGGAAGCAGCUCGACGAUAUGAAGGACAGAUGGGACAGGAUUAACAACGAGGUGCUCCAACAAGUAGAGUACCUGGAGUCCACGGCGCGCAAGCUGGGCGAGUUCCUGGACAAAGUGCGCGCGGUGGAGGCCCCGCUGGCGCGGUGCGAGGAGCGCCUCGACGCGGCGCUGGCGGAGCCGCCCGCCGCCGCCAGGGACGCUGUGGCCAGGCUGCUGGACCACGUGCACGGGCUUAGGGCUCCUCUGCAGAGCGUGAACAUGGCAGCAGACGACAUAGUAGCCCUAGCUACGGAGUUCGGUGGUCCGGAGGCCGGCGCUCGCGCGCGCCCCGUCGUGGACGAGACGGUGCGGUCCCUCGCCGAGAGGCUGCAGGAGCUGGAGGCGAAGACCGAGGACGCGAGGGAGAGGCUGGCUGGUGCCGCACACGCAUACUCGCAGUUCCAGGAUAAAGUAAAGAGCGUAUCCCACGAUUUAUCCGAUUUGGAUAAGGAAUUAGACACCAUGAAGGCACCAGGCCGAGAGAUCAAGACUGUGAAAGCCCAAUUAGACGAUCUGGGCAGGUUCUACAAGAAAUUGGAGAAUUUGGAAGAUUUGAUAAUAGCUUCGGAGAGAGCUGCUGAAAACUUGGCUGAUGGUGGCCAUGGGGACUCUGAUAAGGCGAGAGAUCAAGUGGAAAAUAUCAGGAAACAACUCGGCAAGUUGGACGAGCGUGCUCGCGCCAAGGAACAAGACUUGGAAGACACCCUCAGCAAGCUGGAGGCCUUCUACAAGGCGUAUGACUCUGUUAUAGAUGAUGUCGAUGAGGCGUCAGAGCAAGUCCGUAGCCUCAAACCAGUUUCAUCAGAAGUGGAACAAAUCCGCACACAGCAAAAGGACUUUGCGGACUUAAAGAAACGCACACUAGAACCGUUGGGCCAAAAUGUAUCGCAUUGCAACAAGAUCGGCCAAGGCUUAGUAAGGUCCGCCUUACAAGGGGUGUCCACGCAACAGUUAGAGAAGGACUUGGAGAAGAUGAACGAUAGAUGGAACGCGCUUAAAGAUAAGAUGAACGAAAGGGAACGUCGCCUGGACGUGGGUCUGUUACAAUCAGGCAAGUUCGCAGAAGCGUUAGCCGGUUUGGAAAAGUGGCUGGCGGAUACGGAAGAUAUGGUCAACAACCAGAAACCGCCAUCUGCUGACUACAAGGUCGUGAAGGCUCAGUUGCAAGAGCAAAAGUUCCUGAAGAAGAUGCUGAUGGACCGUCAGAACUCGAUGUCGUCGCUGUUCGCGAUGGGCAACGAGGUGGCGGCGGGCUGCGAGGCGGCCGAGCGCAAGGCCAUCGAGAAGCAGCUGAAGGCGCUCAUGCUGCGCUUCGACCAGCUCACGGGCGGCGCGCAGCAGCGGAUGCUGGACCUGGAGCAGGCUAUGAAGGUGGCGAAACAGUUCCAAGAGCAACUACAGCCGUUGGUAGAAUGGCUCGGCGCGACCGAGCGCAAGGUGAAGGCGCUGGAGCUGGUGCCCACUGACGAGGAGAAGAUACAGCAAAAGAUUAGAGAGCAUAAGCUCCUCCACGACGAUAUUUUGUCCAAACAACCGCCGUUCAAACAGCUCACGGAGACUGCGUCGCAGCUGAUGGGACUCGUGGGCGACGACGAAGCCGCGGCACUGGCUGACCGGCUACAGGCCGCCACUGACAGAUACCAAACUCUAGUGGACCACAGUCUGAACAUCGGCGAGCUCCUGGACAACUCCCGCAAGGGCCUGCGACACCUGGUGCUGACGUACCAGGACCUGUCCGCGUGGAUGGACAGCAUGGAGCAGUACCUCGCCAAGCGGAAGGUGCUGCCGGUCCACAUGGAGAAGCUGCUGCGCCAGAUGGACGAGCUAGCCGAGAAAACAGAAGAGAUAGCCUCAAAGCAAGAGCCGGUGGACAGUACGGUAGAAUCUGGCCUGGAGCUAAUGAAGCACAUCUCAGGAGAUGAGGCUUUACAGUUAAAGGACAAGUUAGAUGCUCUACAGAGGCGCUACAACGAGCUGACGUCACGAGGUGCUGAGUUGUUACGAGUGGCUUCUGAGACCUUGCCGUUGGUGCAACAGCUCUAUAACAGCCAUGCAAAAUUAUCAGACUGGAUGUCGAGUGCGGAAACUUGCCUCCAAUCGGUGGAGCCUCGCGAAGAAGACAUCUUAAGGCUGGAGGCUGAGCUGCAAGAGUUUAGACCUCUGUUGGAUAACAUCAACCUCGUCGGACCUCAACUGUGUCAGAUCUCUCCUGGCGAGGGCGCCACGCACGUGGAGGGCGUGGUGACGCGCGACAACCGCCGCUUCGACGCCAUCGCCGAGCAGAUACAGCGGAAAGCGGAGCGGCUGUUGCUCAGCAAGAAGCGGUCGCUGGAGGUGGUGGGCGACAUGGAGGAGCUGACGGAGUGGCUGCGCGUGGCGGAGGCGUCGCUGCGCGCGCUGCCGGCGCCGGCGGCGGACGCGGCGGCGGCGCGCGCGCAGCUGGCGGCGCUGCGGCCGCUCAGCGACGACGUGGCGGCGCAGCGCGCGCGCGCCCGCGACCUGCUCAGCCAGGCCAAGAAGGUGCUCCGCGAAUGCCAGUCGACGGAGGAGGCGGCGGUGAUCCGGGAGCGCAGCGAGGAGCUGCGGGAGACAGUGGAGGAGGUGGGCGCGCUGGCGGCCGCGCGCCUCGCCGCGCUCGAGCAGGCGCUGCCGCUCGCCGAGCACUUCGCCGACACGCACAAUGGUCUGUACGCGUGGCUGGAUGAGAUGGAGAAGCAAGUGGACGCGCUGGCGCUGCCCGCGCUCAGGCCCGACCACAUCGCGCAACAGCAAGACAAGAACGAGAUGCUUCAACAAUCCAUUGCCGGACACAAACCAUUAGUAGACAAACUGAUCAAAACAGGUGAAGCUUUGUCCAAACUGUGCAGUGAAGAAGAUGCUAUCAAGAUCCAAGACACAGUGGAGAACGAUUGCGACCGAUACAACGCCCUCAGAGCCGAGCUGAGGCAGAGACAACAGGAAUUAGAACAGGCGUUGCAAGAGUCGUCAGUUUUCGCCGAGAGGCUGGAGGGCAUGGUGCGCGCGCUGUCCGGCGCCGCCGACCAGCUGCAGCGCGCCGAGCCCGUGUCUGCGCACCCGCAUAAGAUAGAAGAUCAGAUAGAAGAGAACAAUGCAUUAAUAGAAGAUCUAGACAAGCGCCAGGAGGCGUACCGCGCGGUGCAGCGCGCCGCCUCCGACGUCAUGGCCAAGGCGAACAAGAGUGAUCCCGCUGUUAGAGAUAUUAGGAACAAGUUGGAUAAACUCAAUAAACUAUGGGCGGAGGUCCAAAAGGCGUCUACGGAGCGAGGGUCAUCCCUGGAGCAGGCGCUGGAGACGGCGCGGCGCUUCUGGCAGCAGCUGGAUGCGUUGAUGGCGGCGCUGGGCGAGCUGGCGGACGCGCUGGCGGCGCAGCCGCCGCCGGCCGCGCAGCCGGCCGCCAUCCAGGCGCAGCAGGUCGCGCUGCAGGAGAUACGCCACGAGAUAGACCACACCAAGCCCGAGGUGGAAAAAGUCCGCAAAACCGGUUCAACCCUUAUGUCGAUAUGUGGGGAACCAGACAAACCGGAGGUCAAGAAACAUAUGGAAGAUUUAGACAGUGCGUGGGACAAUAUCACCGCGCUAUACGCUCGUAGAGAAGAGAAUCUCAUCGAUGCCAUGGAGAAGGCCAUGGAAUUCCAUGACACCUUACAAAACCUUCUAGAAUUCCUCGACACAGCGGAGGAAAGGUUCUCCCGCAUGGGCCCGCUCGGCUCCGACAUAGACGCGGUCAAGCGCCAGAUAGCGCAGCUGGCCGCCUUCAAGCAGGAGGUCGACCCUCACAUGGUCAAAGUUGAAGCACUGAAUAGGAGUUUGAUGAGGCAAGCCGCGGAGCUAACAGAGCGCACAUCGUCAGAACAAGCGUCCGCCAUAAAGCAGCCCUUAAGCGAAGUGAAUUCUCGAUGGGCGGCGUUGCUACGGGGUAUGGUAGAGAGGCAACAACAGUUAGAAAGGGCCUUACUGCGUCUAGGGCAGCUACAACAUGCCCUACGAGAUACCUUGGCCUGGAUCAAACAUACUAGCGACACUUUGGAUACUUUGAAGCCUGUGGCUGGAGAUCCUCAAAUACUGGAAGUGGAGCUUGCCAAACUAAAGGUGCUCGUGAACGACAUAGCGGCCCACCAGCCCAGCGUGGACUCGCUCAACGAGGCGGGCGCACAGCUUGUACAGCAGACCACUGGUUCAGAGGAAGCGGGUGAGACUGCGGAGAAAUUGGCAACACUGAACAGGAAGUGGCGCGAGCUGCAGCAGAAGGCGAGGGAUAGACAGGCCGAGCUGGAGGAUGCCUUGCGGGAGGCUCAAAGCUUCAACGCAGAAAUCGGCGAUCUAUUAUCGUGGCUGUCCGAAGUGGACAGCGCCAUCGCCGCGUCCAAGCCCGUGGGCGGCUUGCCGGAGACCGCCACAGAGCAACUCGAGAGGUUCAUGGAGGUAUACAACGAGGUCGAAGCCAACCGACCAAAAGUGGAGGCUGUGCUGCAGCAGGGUCAGGAAUACAUCAAACGACAAGAGAAGCCGAACCUCACAUCUCAGCUACAUCUCAAUCUAAACAAUCUCAAAUCCAGAUGGGAUAAUGUUACAUCAAGAGCGUCAGACAAAAAGAUCAAAUUAGAAAUAGCCCUCAAAGAGGCGACGGAAUUCCACGACGCCCUACAGGCCUUCGUGGACUGGCUCACCAGCGCUGAGAAGACCCUCACAUCCGCAAAACCCGUGUCCAGGGUCAUGGAAACUCUACUCACUCAAGUCGAAGAACACAAGUCAUUCCAAAAGGAGGUAUCUACUCACAGAGAGACCAUGCUUCAACUGGACAAAAAGGGAACUCACCUGAAGUACUUCAGUCAGAAACAAGAUGUUAUUCUGAUAAAGAAUCUUCUAGUAUCUGUCCAGCAUCGGUGGGAGAGAGUGGUCUCCAAGGCGGCUGAGAGGACCAGGGCUUUAGAUCAUGGACUGAAGGAAGCCAAAGAAUUCAAUGAUAUGUGGACCAAUUUGAUGAACUGGCUGGGAGAAACUGAAGAGCAGUUAGACCAACUCAACUCUGAAACCACCAUCAACGAUCCUGAUAAGAUCAAACUAAGACUCAACAAACAUCGUGAGUUCCAAAAGUCGUUAGCGGCGAAGCAGCCGGUUUACGACCAGACCAGCAAGGUGGGUAAGCAGCUCAAGGAUAAGGCGCCCAAAGCGGACGAGGUCACGCUGCGCAACAUGUUGACCGACCUCAAGACCAAGUGGACCACCGUCUGCUCUAAGGCUGUUGAUAGACAACGCAAGCUCGAGGAGGCCCUGCUGUACUCGGGGCAGUUCAAGGACGCGAUGUCGGCGCUGCUGGAGUGGCUGGCCAAGCGCCAGCGCGCGCUCGCCGCCGACGCGCCCUUACACGGAGACCUCGACACCGUCAUGGCUCUCAUUGAACAGCACAAGCAAUUCGAGGAGGAUUUGCAUAACCGAGAACAACAAAUGCAAUCUGUUCUCAAAACCGGCAGAGAUUUGGAAGCCACUGUGCCUCCAGAGGAUGCACUGAAUAUCAAACAGCAGUGCAGUGAAUUGCAAAACGCAUGGGACACUGUACAGAGCCUCAGUGAGAAAAAAGCGAGCAAGUUAGAAGUUGCUCUGAAAGAGGCGGAGCGUCUCCACAAAUCGGUGAACAUGCUGCUGGAAUGGCUGUCGGAUGCGGAGACCAAGCUGCGGUUCUCGGGGCAGCUGCCGGAGGCCGAGCUGGACGCGCAGCACCAGCUGCUGGAGCACGAGCGCUUCGCCCUCGAGCUGGGGGAGAAGAGGCGGGAUAAGGAUGACACCAUCGCCCUCGCUCACUCUAUCCUGGCCAAGGCUCACCCCGACGCCGUCACCGUCAUCAAGCACUGGAUAACCAUCAUACAAAGCCGGUGGGAUGAGGUAUGGCAAUGGGCAAUGCAACGCGGCAGCAAACUGGAAGCUCACCUCCAAAGUCUCAAGGACUUGGACCUUGUACUUGAAGAACUAUUGCAAUGGCUCUCUGGACUCGAAACCACUUUAAUAACCUUAGAAGCCGAGCCUCUGCCAGAAUCGAUCGAACUCUUGGAAGGUCUCAUUGAAGACCACAAAGACCUGAUGGAACACACACAAAAAAGGCAGAACGAAGUCGACCGCGUCUGCAAAGCUUAUCAGGUCAAGAGUCAAAGCCAAGGCCGCGAAUCUACACCUCGCAAAGUGUCAGCGAAAACAGCAACAAAGGGAACGCCGAGUCGCGGCUCGCAACAUGACCUUCAUAGAGAGAGAUCCGUAUCACCUGAUUAUUAUGGCAGUAGGCGUUACAGUCGCGUCAGUCCCGGUCGAGACUCGCCAGACCGCAACCUGCCGCAUUACGGCCCACGAUUCCCGCCCAAAGGAAGCAAAGGCGCAGAGCCUGAGUUCAGGUCUCCGCGUGUGAAACAACUGUGGGACAAGUGGCGCACCGUGUGGCUGCUCGCGUGGGAGAGACAGAGACGGCUGCACGAGCGUCUCGCUCACUUGCGCGAACUUCAACGCGUGUCUAACUUCAGCUGGGACGAUUGGAGAAAGAGAUUCCUGAAGUUCAUGAACCACAAGAAGUCCCGUCUAACGGAUCUAUUCCGCAAGAUGGACAAGGACAACAACGGGCUGAUAGCACGCAACGAGUUUAUUGACGGAAUUAUUAACACCAAAUUCGACACAUCUCGUCUAGAAAUGGGCGCCGUGGCCGACCUGUUCGACAGGAACGGCGGCGGUUUGAUCGACUGGGAGGAGUUCAUCGCCGCGCUCAGACCUGAUUGGGUUGAAAGACGCGGUCCGCCCACCGACGCCGACAAGAUCCAUGACGAGGUGAAGCGCCUCGUCAUGCUCUGCACCUGCAGGCAGAAGUUCAGGGUGUUCCAGGUUGGGGAAGGAAAGUAUAGGUUCGGAGACUCGCAAAAGCUACGGCUAGUGCGUAUCCUGCGCUCCACCGUGAUGGUGCGUGUGGGCGGCGGCUGGGUCGCGCUCGACGAGUUCCUGGUCAAGAACGAUCCUUGCAGAGCCAAGGGUCGCACCAACAUCGAACUGCGAGAGCAAUUCAUUCUGGCCGAUGGAGUGUCGCAGAGCAUGGCUGCAUUCAGACCGCGUACGCCUCGCUCUAAUACAAAUACACCUCCAUCUACCGGACCUAUCACGAAGGUAAGAGAGCGUACUGUUCGCUCAGUGCCAAUGUCCGCCGGAGGAGCCGCAGGUCGAGCUUCAAGAUCAUCAUUGAGUGCCGGAACGCCUGAUUCGCUUAGUGACAAUGAAGCCGCAAGUGGUCUUGGCCAAAGAUAUAGAAAACCUAGUGUGCCAAGAUCAACCCUAACGCCAGGUGGGUCACGACCAGGAUCCAGGCCAGGUUCAAGAACAGGAUCAAAACCACCCUCGAGGCAUGGAUCUAAUCUAUCUCUCGAUAGUACAGAUGAUGUUUUGACUCCAUCACGUAUACCGAUGCGUAAAGUAACGAAUACUCGCACAUCGAUAGCUCGUGCAGCCGCUAACGCCAGUAAAUUGGGAGUCACCACACCAAAUGGUGGUUCUAGACCAAGAACACCCACUGGUCUUCUCACACCAGCGAGUGGAAGGUAUAGCGGAGGAAUGUACCGCACUUCCAGUAUACCGACACUAUCCCCGGUGCCGGCGCUAGUCAGUUCAACUCAUUCUCAGCCAUCUUCAAUGGCGUCUGAGCAUCCUAAAUCCUUAUCCCAUACUCAUCCUGCAUUCCAAACACAGGGUUCUACAAAAAUACCUGUAUAUAUUGGAAACCGGUCGCAACGAACGCCCUCUAUUGAGCGACGGAUUAAAACAUCCCGAAAAUCUCAUUCAAGAGAAACUUCUCAAGAUCCUAGUCCUAUUUCCAACGAUCCUAAAUCUGACCAGAGGAGUCCAGAAGACGAUUCCUCUCUCUUCAGCAUUUCGGGAAUGACGAGUGACAAUGAAUAUGAGAGUAAUAUAAGCGAGUCGAGCGGCGAAGCUUCAAAGCCAACCCAACGAGGCAUCAAAGGGAGCGGGUCGUUUGCCUCCACCGAAGGACAAACGCCCGGCAGGAGUCGCAUUCCGGUGCCUAAGGAGACUAACCAAAGUCACUCUAGGCAAAGAACACCAUCGGGUAGCACGACGCCCGUACGCCCCGGCACACAAACCGCGGCGUCGCGACUAGUGCGCCGCCCCUCGGAUGCGACCGACGGCGCGCCCGCCACGCCCGUCGCACGCCGCACCACCCCCUCCUCACGCACCACGGAUAAACGGGAACCCUUCCGACUU